AUGAUAAUCAACUGGUUACCCUCUGUUUGGACUCCAAACCAGUCUCUGUUCUCUGUCAAAUGUGAGAUUUUGGAUGUGGAGUUGGAGGAGGGACGACGGUCAGGAAAAUUGACGGCAAUAAGCAAGCAGGCCGACUCUUUGUACUCACUGAUCGCUGAUGGGCAAUACCGCGUCACCUCAUUGAGUCGUGACGCGUGGAAGGCGUUAAUUGGCUCACAAGCCUAUUUACAGUACUACUGCAACAAGGAAGGGUUCAAUGCCGUUUGUAGUUGGAGCAAACAUUCUAAAGCCAGAAUUGGUAUUGUUGGCAACAAAUAUGAUGACUGCGGUGCGUGUGACUCAAGGAUUGGAUUUGGCACAAGAGGAUACCCCGAUGACCUGAACACAUGUUGCAAUGUGGCUAAGUGGUAUCCAGAUAACGGAGACAAAUACAUCAAGGUUGUGGGAUGCAUCUUGGUACAAUGA